UACAGGGAGCGAAAAGGAUCAGAGGCGUGAAGAUUGCGAGUGCAGCAGAUGCAAAUCACCCGUGCCGGAGACUGAACUAACACCCAUGUGAUGCACUCGCUGGGAGAGGAGAUCAAAGGAUUUUCUAAGAAUAAACUCAGGAAACAAUGCACCCGAGUGACAACCUUAUCUGGAAAAAGGAUCAUAGAGACCUGGAAGGACUCUAUGGUGCAUACUGUGGAUGACCCAGAUCAGACUGAUGGAGCUGGAUGUGGCUAUGUGCAGGAUCUGAGUGUGGACCUGCAGGUUGGGGUUAUUAAGCCAUGGCUGUUGCUUGGAUCACAAGAUGUUGCACAGGACUUGCAUGUAUUGAAAAAAUACAAGGUCACACAUAUCUUGAACGUGGCUUAUGGAGUAGAAAAUGUUUUUCCAAAUGAAUUCACUUAUAAGAAAAUCUCUAUUUUGGAUCUCCCGGAGACCGAUAUUGCAUCUUUUUUCCCAGAAUGCUUUGGUUUCAUAGAGCAAGCAGAGAUGCAGGAAGGAGUGGUACUUGUACAUUGCAAUGCAGGAGUAUCCCGUGCACCAGCACUAAUUAUUGGGUUUCUAAUGCACAAAGACAAACUUAGUUUUGCCAGAGCCUUUUCGCUUGUGAAGAAUUCUAGACCUGCUAUCUGUCCAAAUCCUGGUUUCAUUGAACAGCUUCAUAAGUACCAAGACUACUUGAGAAAACAGACAGCUGUUGUACAUGAGAAGACAGACUGAUGGGAAUCAACAUAUUCUUUGUUUUCAUAGCCUGAUUGAAAUUCAUCCAUAGUAUGAAAUAUCAUUUCAGAAUUUUUUUGGAACUGCAGUGAUUCUAUAGUUUUUUAAUUAAGACAAACUCAAGCCCUCAGAUAUAUCCUUCAGCAGGGUCUACACCCCUUGCUUUAGCAGUAAUAUUACAGAGCUGCCCUUGAAAGUUGACAGUUAUAUUAUACGUUCUACACUUUAGAAUGAAUGCUAUGUAAUUUAGCAUAUUUAUUCUGCUUGCGUGUUUAACUUACAUUUCUGGUUAAUAAUGACCAAGGCCCAUUUUCAACAUUAGCAACUUUUUGAUAUAAGUACUAUCAAAAGAUAAUGUAAUUGCAGUCUCUGUGUCUCUUGCUUAACAAUAUCGAUGUGAAUACUUCUUUAAACACCCAGCAUUUCUAUUGCUAGAAUACCAUUAAAACAAGUUUUUAAAACA